GCGGGUAAUGUAGUUAGUGAGAGAUAGAGAGAUAGAUAGAAACUCUUCUUUUCGAUUUGGCUAACAUCGGAAAGUUGCGUAAGAAAGAGACGGUUCUUUCUUUCCAAUUACAUUUUGACCCCCAUUUCUCUCUCUCACUCUCUCUCUCACUCUCUCUCUCUCUCUUUAAUUUUGAUCACUUCGAACCUCUACACAGAAACGGGAAUCUAGCUAGCUCUCCCUAUUAAGAGCUGCAACAAACAAAGAAAGAAAGAAGGAGGAGAGAUGUUCAUUUAUGAAUGCUUGAAAAAGAAAAGUGUGGGUGGUGGUUUUGGUGGGGUCUAGAGAGAAGAAGAAGAAAGAAAAUAAAACUCCAUUCUUUCUUCAGAGAAAGACUCCUUUUUUAAUCUCCAAUUCUCUUUUGGUCGAAGGAUUUCUAUUUCGCCGUUUAACAAUUACUUUGUACCAACCCCAUAUAGGAGAGAUACAAUAGAUAUAAAUACUUCAUACCUACCCCUGAUCGACCUCUCUCUCUUCUUCUUUCCUUCCCCGGUCGUCGUCGUCGAGAAAUGUGGGAUCUAAACGACUGCCCCGAUCAGAUUCUACCCGUCAACGGAAAACAUCCCGGAUCUGUCUCUAAUUCCAGUUCCGACGACGAAGAACCCGCCAUAUUCGGUUUCCCAGUCCCCCAACCCGACCACCAAAUCGUUUCCCCUGUUGUUACACGACAGUUUUUCCCUGAGGUUGGAACGUUUUGUGCCACCGACGACGCCACCGCUGCUGCUUCGGCGGCGGCGGAGGUCGGUUAUCCUCGGGCGGCGCACUGGGUCGGGGUUAAAUUCUACCAAUCAGAACUCCCCGGCACCGGGAAGACUGUUGAAAUCGGCGGUCAACCCUUGAAGAAGAGCCGCCGUGGACCUAGGUCCAGGAGCUCUCAGUACAGAGGAGUCACUUUUUACCGGCGAACAGGCCGAUGGGAAUCUCAUAUAUGGGAUUGUGGGAAACAAGUUUAUCUUGGAGGAUUUGACACUGCACAUGCUGCUGCUAGGGCGUAUGAUAGGGCAGCUAUUAAAUUUCGUGGUCUGGAAGCUGACAUUAAUUUCACACUACAAGACUAUGAAGAUGACAUGAAACAGAUGGGUAACUUAACAAAGGAGGAAUUUGUGCAUGUUUUGAGGAGGCAGAGCACUGGUUUCCCCAGAGGAAGCUCUAAAUAUAGGGGUGUAACCCUUCACAAAUGUGGCAGAUGGGAAGCAAGAAUGGGUCAAUUUUUGGGGAAAAAAUAUGUCUACUUGGGUCUUUUUGAUACUGAAAUUGAAGCUGCCAGGGCUUAUGAUAAAGCUGCACUUAAAUGCAAUGGAAAGGAUUCUGUCACCAAUUUCGAUCCCAGCAGCUAUGAUGAUGAAAUUAAACCUUCUGAAUCUGGGGGAGCUAUUAAUAAUGGUUCAUCUCACAAUCUGGAUUUAAGCUUGGGUGGUUCUUCGGGUUCGAACCAGCAGGAAACUAACUCGGAUUUCGGUCCUUAUUCUUUGGUUCUUGAUCCCAGGCCCAAGGAGAAAUCCCAGACUGCCAUACGCCAAACUUAUGUUGGCCAAUCUCCAUGCAUGUUUCCAAGAUCAUCAGCUGGUGAAAUGGUCCAUAGAUAUGGCAACUCAAGUUAUCAAUUUCCGGUUGGCGGCAAUGGGCUUUCUCUCUCGACAGGAGGCGGAGGAGAGAAACAUCACGGUGGUGGUGGUGGAGAUCAUCUUCGUCUUCAUCAUGAUCAUGAUCAUGAUCAUUAUCCAGUACAUUAUAACCAGCAACAACAACAGCAAUAUUGGCAACUGAGUCAUCAUCCUCCUCCUCUUCCACCUCAAUUGCUUGCAACAGGCGCAGCAUCAUCAGGAUUCCCACAACCGAUCAUCUUCCCCACCUCCGGCUCCGGCGCCGGCACAAGCACAGCCACCGUCCCUGGUAGGACACCAUACAGUUGGAACUUGGCUAAAUAACAAUUAAUGGCUUCCAACCGCUCAUGAUCAGAUGAGAUAUAGUAGAUAACAUUAAUUAAUUUUAAAAUAGUAAUUUCAUGAUUUGCUUUCAUAAUUAUUAUUAUUAUUAUUAUUUUUGGGUUGUUGGAGGAUUCAUCUGUUGAGGUCUAAUCUCUCAUUUGACAAGAUCGUGGCAAUUAGUGCUAUCUUUCUCCUCAGUCACACAAUUGUCGGUUGGUGUUUGUAUUAUAUAUGUCAAAACAAAACUGUGAACAUCUUUCAUUAUUCAUGUAUGUGAUCUAAUGAUAUCCAUUUUAUUUGAUUUCUAAAAAAUAACAUAUUUUAUCUUUA